AUGGACAAGAAGGCCGUAAUUGCUUCGCUCGCGUUUUCGCAUGAUUCUGCACUACUAGCCUCAGGUUCUACCGAUGGCAGUAUACGACUAUGGAGCGUCAAUACAGGCGAGUGUAUGCGCAUUCUCAAAGGUCAUCUGGAACCCGUCGGUUGGGUAGCUUUUUCGCAUGACUCAACCAUGAUACUCUCGAUUAAUACUUCUAUGGAUACUAUUCUACGAAUCUGGCACACAAAUUUGAGCGAGCGUGUGCAGGUCCUUAAACACCAUAAAGGCCCAGUCUACGAGUUGAUACUCUCACCUGAUUCAAGGGUAAUAGUCACAAAGGCUGUAGAAGACACAAUCAUACUAGUUUGGAGUACAGAAAAUGGCAAGUCGCAUGCAUUAAGGGGUCAUCAGGGCUUCAUCGGGUCCGCAGUCUUCUCGCACGACUCUGCGCUGCUCGCUUCAGCCUCCGACGAUGCAACACGCAUCUGGAGGGUGACAACAGGCGAGUGCAUACACACACUCCAGGGCUGUAACGGAUGA